AUGUUCUCUGCUAGCAGCAGCACGGGCGGCAAGAAGGCCAAGGCCAAGGGGCAGCAGCUCGACCUCUCGACCCUCGAGUCGUACUCGACCCGCUGGUCGCCUCACCUCAGGCUCGCCGCCUGCAUCGCGGUCAAGUACGCCGUCCAGCGCUGCGUGCAGAGGUCAGAGGUGCUGGCGGCCGGGUCGUCGUCGUUGGCAUCGCCGCCGUCGGCCUCGACCACCGCGACGCAGGCCGACGCUGCCGACGGCGGGCUGAGCUCGGGAGCGGCCACCGAGCUCGUCAAGGACUGGCGCGACUACGGCCAGAAGUUCCUCACCGCCACCUGCCAGCACCUCGGCGUACAGGAGCAGACCCUGCCACCGGAGCCCAUCCGCCUCGAGGAUGUGCUCACCGCUGCUCAGGGCAGGACCGUCGAGGGACAUCCCAAAGCCAUGCCCUCUGACUUCGAGCCGGAGUUCGAGACCGGAUCGGACCACUGCCGCAGGUUUCCCAAGCUCGCCCUGCCAAUCGAGGGUGUCGACGAUGGCACCGGAGACGGAAGCGACAUCGCCCCCGUCUCUGAUGCCGAAGCGAGGCGCAAGGAGAUCGACCGGGCCUUCCGCGAGCUCGACAUCGAGACUAGCUCGCAGCGGACGCGGACCGCCUCCGACGCCUCGGUGCAGUUCACCUACGACGCAGACGCAAAGGAGCUGCCCGACUACCUCAGGCCACCAGAGCUUCCGAAGCCAGAGGCGGCAAUGACGGAUGGCCCGCAGCACGGCCAGGGCCGCGGCCCGCCGCAGACCCAAGAGAUGCACGGCGCCCUAGGCGAGAGCGUCGUUGCGCCCGAGCGUAUCAAGGGCGUGAUCGACACCGCCGGUGGCCAAGAGAUUGAGAUCGCCCAUGAGCUCCUCCUCAUUGCUCUCGGAUUGGGCCAGUUUAGGGCCCAGGACGGCAGCACGACCCUGUUUGAGCAAGACAUGCUCUUCGGCGACACCGAGCUGCUGCCUCCAGCCGCCGAGCCCAAGGGACGAGCUCCAGCGGAAUCGACCCCCUCCGCAACCUCCGCCAACGCUCAGCAGCCGCCACCAUUGCCGCCCCGGAGCGGAACUUCGCAGCAGGCGGCGCAGACCGCUUCCCCCUCUUCGGCAGACCAGAACGAGGCGCUGACCUCGGUGCGAUCGGCCUUGACCUCGAUCAAGGCAAACACCAUCACCGGCUGGGGAAAAAUGUCGAGCGCAAGCAAGGACCUGAUCGGCUCGGCCCGGCCUGCAGGCGAGAGGAAGGGCCCAGAUAGGAGCGGGGCCCCUCAGGCGAAGAACCCCGCCAAGCCGGUCAAGCCCAGCGAGAUCUGCCACUACUCGGCGCGGUCGCGCGCCAUCAUCUUUGUCGCCGUCGCCGCCAUGGGCAUCAACGGCUCGCAGGUCUGGCAGGCCGAAAAGGUCAUGGCCCAGACCAUCUUCUUUAUCAUGUCCGAAGGCAACCGCGCCUCGACCUCCAAGGACGGCAAGGACCUGCUCAACGACCUCAGGAGCGGCGCCGCGGGCCAGGGCGUGGAGAGGUCGGCCUGGAUGAACGAGCACAGCGGGUCGGUCGUCGAGCGCGAAAAGGGCAACGCUAGCUGGGGCAAGUAUGCUGCGAUGGGCGCCGGCUUUGUCGGCGGCGGCCUGAUCAUCGGCCUCACUGGCGGACUCGCCGCUCCGCUCAUUGCUCCGGCGCUCGUGGGUCUGACGGGGGCGUCGUUCCUGGCGACGAGCGGCGGCAUCGUGCUGCUCGGGACGCUAUUCGGCCUCGGCGGUGGCGGGCUGGCCGGCUACAAGGUGGAGCGGCGCCUUCGCGGCGUCUCGUCGUUCUCGUUUGCGGAGCUGCAGACCGAGGCGCGCGCGGCGGGCGUGGCGAUCCCGAGCCUCCACGCCACCAUCUGCUGUUCGGGCCUCUUGCUCGACGAGGCCGAACAGGUCAAGCCGUGGGAGGACAUCUUCAGCACCGCCAGGGACGGCCGAGAGGCGUUCGCCAUCCAGUGCGAGGCCGAGAUGAUGAAGGAGGCGGGCGUCGGCCUGCGCGGCUACAUGAUGGACCAGCUGCUGCGCAGUGGCGGACAGAAGGCCGCCGAGGAGGUCCUCAAGCGGACGGCCCUGGCUGGCCUGGCGGCCCUGACACUGCCGCUGACCGUGUUUGGCGCGGCCAGCGCCACGCUCGACGGCGUCUUUGUGCGCGCCAAGACGAGAGCGCACAAGGCCGGGCUGAUCCUCGCCGAGACGCUGCGCAACGAGGUGCAGGGCCACCGCCCCGUGGUGCUGGUCGGCACGUCGCUGGGCGCGGCGACGAUCCUGUCGGCCCUCGUCGAGCUGGCCAAGGACUCGGAGGCCAACGCGCACCUGGUCGACUCGGUCUUUCUCAUCUCUGCGCCCAUCACGCCGAGCCCGGGAACGCUGAAAAAGGUCCGCAGCGUGGUGCAGCGGCGCUUCGUCAACGUCUUUUCGACAAAGGACAUGGUCUGCGGCAUUGCUGCAUGGCUCGGCAGCGGCAUCAGCCUGGAAGAGCUGCGCGCGGGCAAGAUGCCACGGGUCAUUGGCAGCCGCGCCAUCGAGGGCGUCGCGGGCGUCGAAAACAUCAACGUGUCGGACCUCGUCGGCAGCCACUUUGAGGUCAACUCGCCCGAGAAGCUCGAGCCGGUGCUGCGGCGGUGCGGGUUGAUGGAGGAUUGA